CCCAGAGCUGCGCUGUGGCUGCAGAAAGGCGCACAUAUGCUGACACUUUAAACAGGAUGUAGCGACUGAAGCAGACCACGGAAAGAGAGACAGAAGAAGAAGCAAAAAAAAAGCGGAUGAAUUAAUGUAAUGUGACAAACAGCAGACUGACAGAAAUGACCGCUUCAGUGGAGGAGAGGAAGAAGACAAGAGGAGUCCCGGUGAGGAGGCGCCUCACCGCCGCUGGCAGGUCUUGACGCCCGGUGACCUGAAGGAGCCAAGCCGCCGCAGUGAGCAGCAGCACGGCGAUAAAAAGCACGGACGGCACAACCGGAACAGUCCAAAACAACCUUGAGAGCGAGCAUGGCGAGCCUGAACGACUGCUGCGUGAAGGUUGCGUUGAGGAUUCGUCCUCAGAUGGCGAAGGAGAAGAUCGAGGGCUGCCACGUCUGCACGCUGGUCACACCCGGAGAACCGCAGGUCCUCCUGGGAAAAGACAAGGCCUUUACGUACGACUUCGUGUUUGAUAUCGACUCAGAGCAGCAGCACAUCUACCAGGCCUGUGUGUACAAGCUCAUCGAGGGCUGCUUGGAGGGCUACAACGCAACCGUGUUUGCUUACGGACAGACAGGCUCAGGGAAGACCUACACCAUGGGAACGGGUUUCGAUGUGAGCCUGAGCCAGCAGGAGCAGGGCAUCAUCCCACGGGCUGUUCACCAGCUGUUUGAGGGCAUCCAGAGCAGGAGGCAGCGCGCCAAGGAGACGGGCAUCCAGCCGCCCGAUUUUAAAGUCAGCGCCCAGUUUUUGGAGUUGUACAAUGAGGAGAUCCUGGACUUGUUUGACGGCACCAGAGAUCCCGAGAGUCGCAGCAGGAAGUCCAACAUUAGAAUCCAUGAAGACGCCAACGGCAGCAUCUACACCACAGGGGUCACUUCCAGACUGGUGCAGUCAGAGGAGGAGCUGCUGCAGUGCCUGAAGCUCGGGGCUCUGUCCCGUACCACAGCCAGCACACAGAUGAACGCACAAAGCUCCCGCUCGCACGCCAUCUUCACCAUCCAUGUCUGUCAGAUGAGGGUGUUUCAACAGCAGGAGAUGCAGAACGGAGGAGAGAACACGGAGGUGAACGGUGUAGACUCUUCACCCAUUGCCCAGCCAGAGUACGAGACACUGAUGGCCAAGUUUCACUUCGUAGACUUGGCGGGCUCUGAGCGGCUUAAACGCACAGGCGCCACCGGAGAGCGGGCCAGAGAGGGAAUCUCUAUUAACUGUGGGCUGCUUGCUCUUGGGAAUGUGAUCAGCGCUUUAGGUGAUCAGAAUAAGAAAGCAGGACACGUCCCAUACAGAGACUCCAAGCUUACGCGACUGUUACAGGAUUCGCUAGGAGGCAACAGCCGCACGGUCAUGAUCGCCUGCGUCAGCCCGUCGGACCGUGACUUCAUGGAGACGCUGAACACGCUGAAGUACGCCAACCGUGCCCGAAACAUCAAGAACAAGGUGGUGGUGAACCAAGACAAGACCAGCCAGCAGAUCAACGCUCUGCGGGCGGAGAUAGCCCGGCUCCAGAUGGAGCUGAUGGAGUACAAGGCGGGAAAGCGUGUGGCGGGUGAGGAAGGUUCAGAAGGCUAUAGUGACCUAUACCAGGAGAACACCAUGCUGCAGAGGGAGAAUGACUCUCUGAGACUGAGGGUAAAAGCCAUGCAGGAGACCAUCGAUCACCUCAACACUCGGGUGACACAUAUGCUGGCCAAUGAGAUCAGCACUCUGCUCACCAAGUCAAGUGAAGGCAAUGAGGAGAUUGGAACGCUCAUACAGAACUAUAUCCGAGAAGUUGAAGAACUCAGAUCCAAACUCCUCGAGAGCGAGGCCAUGAACGAGUCGCUGCGACGGCAGGUGGCCCGGCUCUCCUCUCGCUCCUCGUUUCCAGCCUCUGCUCUAAGCCCCGCCCCCGGCCAUCCCCAGGGCUCCUCCCCUGUGUCCUUGUCCAUGGAGGCCGAGAUGACGGAUGUGCUGCGACGUGCCAAGAUGGACAUCGAGAGACUGAAGAAGAAGGAGAGACGACAGAGAAGACUGAGCCCAGAGUUGGAGAAGGGUCUGAAGAAACGAGUAAAGCUGCACUGUCAGGAAAACGGACAGAAUGGAGAGAUCGAUUCAGACGACAACACCACCGAGGACAUCAUGUCUCCGCUGCAGGAGGAGAGCGGCUGUGAGGAAGAUGAAGGCGAGGAUGAAGAGGAGGGCAGGGACGAGGAAGACGAUUUCGACAGUGAUGAGAGCCUGGUGGACUCAGAUUCUGACUCGGAUGAGAAAGCCAACUUUCAGGCAGAUCUGGCCGACCUGACCUGUGAGAUUGAGAUCAAGCAGAGGCUGAUAGACGAGCUGGAGAACAGCCAGCGGCGGCUGCUGAUGUUAAAGCUGCAGUACGAGGAGAAGCUCAUCCUGCUGCAGAACAAGAUCAGAGACACGCAGCUGGAGAGAGACCGUGUGCUUCAGAACCUCAUGUCCAUGGAAAACUACACCGAGGAGAAGGCCAGCAAAAUCAGGCAGGAGUACGAGAAGCGGCUGAAAGAAAUGAACCGGGACCUGCUCAAGCUGCAGGCAGCCCAAAAGGAGCAUGCACGUCUCCUCAAAAACCAGGGCAGGUACGAGCGGGAGCUGAAAAAGCUGCAGACUGAGGUCAACGAGAUGAAGAAGGCAAAGGUGGUGCUGAUGAAGCAGAUGAAGGAGGAGCAACAGAGGAGGAGGAUGGUAGAGGCUAAGAGGAAUCGAGAGAUUGCUCAGCUAAAGAAGGAGCAGCGUCGACAGGAGUACCAGAUCAGAGCGCUGGAGUCUCAGAAGAGGCAGCAGGAGCUGGUGCUGCGCAGGAAGACCCAGGAAGUGACGGCCCUGCGGCGCCUGGCCAAGCCUAUGUCGGAUCGUGUGGCAGGGCGGGUCGCCCGUUGGAACCAAACGCCCCCCGUUACGGACUCUGGAGCUGACUUGUCAACCAGCACGACGGCGAGCGGCUCUGAGGCGGAGACUGCGAGGACCGUGAGUGGGCUGGUGCGGCAGUGGAACAAUAAGAACAACGCGUACGGAUACAUAGCGGAGAGCGAGGGGAGUAUGGAUGGAACGCGGGUGAUUAGCAAGAAGAUGAUGCAGAGGAAACCAGCAGGCCUGGGCAGCACUGCUGCUGCAGGCAGAGCCAACAGUUUCUCCAAGGCUGCCCGCCUGAAGUGGCAAACCCUGGAGCGCCGCAUAAUGGACAUCGUCAUGCAGAGAAUGACCAUCUCUAAUGUGGAAGCAGACAUGGAUCGCCUUAUCAAGAAGCGAGAAGAGCUGACAAUGCAGCAGGAAGCUCUCUCUCAUAAAAGGGAGGUCCUGAUGGCUGACGGAGAGGGGCCGGAGGCCGAGGACCGCCUCCUUCAGGAAGUUAACGAGGAGAUCGAAGUGCUGAAUGCCAAUAUAGACUACAUCAAUGAUAGUCUGUCUGACUGUCAGGCCACCAUCGUGCAGAUAGAGGAGACCAAGGAUGAGCUGGACUCAGUGGACACCUCAGUGGUGAUCAGUUCCUGUUCGUUGGCUGAAGCACGCCACCUGCUGGACCACUUCCUGAAGGCCUCCAUUGAUAAGAGUUUACAGGUGGCUCAGAAAGAGGCACAGAUCCGACUUCUGGAGGGCCAGCUGAGACAGACUGAUGUAAUCGGCUCCUCCCACAACCAUAUGAUUCUGGACGCGCUGAGAGAAAAGGCAGAAUACAUCCCUGAGCUCCAGGCUCUGAUCCACAACGUCCAGCAAGAAAAUGGUUAUGCCAGCACAGACGAGGAGCCCUCAGAGUUCAGCCAAGCCUCUGACAGCAGUGUCUCACAGAUGAAGGAAUCCAACAGCCAGGAUGAUUUUAAAAUAAAGACGGAGCCUCGCCUGUCGGUUCAGAUGAAGGCGGUGUCGGCGGAGUACCUCGGCCCUGUCCUGGACCCCUCAUCAGGCAGCAAGCAGCAGCACAUCACAAAGUCUCUAGCCUCUCUGACAGAUAUCCAGGAGGAUGGCUUAAGCCUGAUUCCAGGCAGCCUGGCGCUCAGCGUGCCCCUCAGAGACCCUUUCAACAGGGACAGAGUGUCCCGCACCAUCAGCCUUCCUGUCAGGGGACACACUUUUCCCAGGCAGUCUCGAGGUUAUGACACUUCCCCCAUAACAAGACGGAAAUCUUACGACCGAUCUUACAGGCCCACUGAUGGCUACACCCCCCCUUCCUCCCCUCCUCUACGGACAAGGAAUGAUCGCAAUGUCUUCUCUAGACUGACCAGCAACCAAACACAAGGUUCUGCUCUGGACAAGUCGGAUGACAGCGACUCCUCGCUCUCCGAGGUGCUCAGGGGUGUGAUCAAUCCUAUCGGGGGGGUGAAGGGGGGUCGGACAGCCCCCCUGCAGUGUGUUUCUGUAGCUGAGGGCCACUCCAAGCCGGUUCUGUGUGUGGACGCCACGGACGAGCUGCUUUUCACUGGAUCUAAAGAUCGCACCUGUAAGAUGUGGAAUCUGGUCACAGGUCAGGAGAUCGCCACCCUGAAAGGCCACCCAAACAAUGUGGUGUCUGUAAAAUAUUGCCCCUCUUCCGGUCUGGUCUUCUCUGUCUCCACCUCGUACAUCAAGGUGUGGGACAUCCGUGACUCCGCCAAGUGCAUUCGCACGCUCACAUCAUCGGGGCAAGUGGUUUCAGGAGACGCUUGUGCUGGAACAACCACCCGGACAAUCACCUUUGCUCAGGGCGAAUGUCAGAUCAACCAGAUAGCGCUCAACCCGUCAGGAUCUGUGCUCUAUGCUGCGGCUGGGAAUAUUGUUCGUAUGUGGGACCUCAACAGGAUGCAGGGGACAGGCAAGCUAACGGGCCACAUUGGAUCUGUCAUGUGUCUGACUGUGGGACAGUCUCUGCUGGGCAAAGACCAAGUCAUCACUGGCUCCAAAGACCAUUAUGUCAAGAUAUUCGAUGUGGCCGAAGGAACUCUGGGUAACAUCGGUCCCGCUCAUAAUUUUGAGCCUCCGCACUACGACGGCAUUGAAUGUUUGGCCGUUCAAGGAGACGUUCUGUUCAGCGGCUCGCGAGACAACGGCAUCAAGAAAUGGGAGCUGGAGCAGCAGGAGCUCAUACAGCAAAUCCCAAAUGCCCACAAGGACUGGGUCUGCGCACUGGCCUACGUCCCCGGCCGGCCCAUGCUGCUGAGCGGCUGUCGGGGCGGCAUGCUCAAGGUGUGGAAUGUAGACAACUUCACGCCCAUAGGAGAGGUCAGAGGUCACGAGAGCCCGAUUAAUGCCAUAUGCACCAACUCCAGACAGAUCUUUACAGCUUCCAGUGACUGCAGGGUGAAGUUGUGGAACUAUGUGCCAGGCUUAACCCCAUGUCUUCCUCGCCGGGUCCUGGCCAUCAAGGGCCGAGCCACCAGCCUCCCAUGAUUGCCUGUCCUCUGCACACCGACCCUCCUUUCCUCUGCGACAAGACGGUGAAGAUCUGGUUGUCAAAGGUGUGGAGGAAGAGGUGAGAAGCAGAGCGGCUGUGGAUCCUCUGUCAGCCAUCGUGCUGCAAAUGGCAGCCGCUUCCAGCGACACGAUGUGACGCCGCAGCCACAGUUUCCAGAGGCAAUCAAGGUGUGGAUCGCACAGAAAAAUGGUGGAUCGGGAAGUCAAAACAUAUGCCUUUCAGAUGUUUUUUUAACUUUCAAAGUGCCAUUCUGCUGUGGUGCUACUUGGGGAUAAAUGUUGUCAUCCUGGUGAAGCAUCCACCCAGCAAAACAAUUUCUCACCUGACAUGAAAACAACCACCUGCAGCCUGGUACUAAAUGAAAGUGCCCUUCUGUUUUUUUUUUCCACCAAGGUUUCAGGCAGUGAGAGAUGAAUCUGCUCAUGUAUCUGUGGGACUGAGUGUUACAGUAUUAGCUACUGUCUAUCCAACAAUAUGGCUGUUUAGAUACGGAAAACAUCGGACAGUCAUGUUUAAUGAUCAUGGCGGUGGGUCCCUGGACUGUUAUCAUUCUCCACCCAAAAAUCACUGGAAUUCACCACUAUUUGGUGUCCAUUUUUUUUUUUUUUUUGCCAGGAAUAUGACUGAAAGUUAAUCAUGUUUUUGUUUUUAUUGUAAAUCCUAAGUUAUUGUUUUUCCUACCUCAUUCACUUUGACCUUUGACCUGAGGUGGGAAGGAACAUUUUUUUACGGGUCUUUGUGUGUAAGCAGUUGGUGCUUUAUGAUUUCAACUGUGUAUGGACAUGUCCCCCCCCCCGUUCUCCCUGGUAAUCCCACCGUCUGUUUUUCUGACGAAGCAGAUGUUAAACUCUGGCCG